CCUCAAGGAAUGACGUUAUGGCGGGCUUCCUGUAGAGUUCAGCGUUACGUUCUGCCCUCCAACUUGUUUAUUUCGUCGAACCGCGACGUUUGGGAUUGAGGAAACCGUAAAGUGUUUGCGAAAGUGUACUGAAGUUCGUUGUUCACGCCGUCCCUGCUCGAGUAUCCAAACAGGAAAUUCAGGUAUUCCAGAUGGUCUCGAUUUGAGUUGCCCUCAAGCAAAACUGGGCUCGACCCUGAUUGUUCAAUAAAUGGCAGAGAGUUUUUACAAGUUAGAAGAUGAAGCCUUCCCCAGUUUCCUCGGCAAAUCUCUGGACAGCACCAUUGGCCGUGCUACUCUGGGAAAUUUAACACUGGGCUCAGGCCCUGGGCUGCCUGUGGCUGCUUCGACAGUGGCUAAAAUUAGACCUCAGUCUGAGAACAGAGACUGUGCUGCUGCUUCAUACCUCGAGGAAAGUGAGCUGCAGCAGGCAAACUCGAAGUCAUCUGUAGACAAGCAGCCCAAGUUUGCCCUCAGUUUCAAAGAUGACAUGGACAAUGCAGAUGACUUUAUCGCAGAACAUCAUCUAUCAAAAAUGCUGGUUAAGAUUAACAUGGAUGAAAGCGCAUCCAGAAACCAAGACUCCUUCCUGGGCCGUCUUCCCACUCAGAUCGGCUCAGUCCAGGGCAGGCACACUGAACUUCCGACAGAUCUCUCAACAGGCCUCCUAACAUUUGCUCAGUUUGGACACAAGGAUCGUACAGACACAAAGGUGCUCUCCCUGCAAGCCACUACUGAGAAAAAGAACGUGCUAAGUGAAGCAGUGGACAGUGACCAUUUCAGUGGCAGCAACUGCAGUUUUUUGGAAAAUGAAAAGCUCAUCUCUGUGGACAGCAUCGACAGUGACAUUACAGAUGAUAACAUUGAUUUCAACAAUUUGCCGGACAAUGAGUUGGAGCUGUACUUCAAAAAACUGGUGCCUUCUGCAAUGCAAAGGGGUACGGUGGAGGGCGAAGAGCUCCCUGCAACAACAAUGCUGCCUCGGUCAUCUGACCAAUCCUAUUCGAGUUCCACAGAGCCUGAACAGGACAGACGCCAGAUAACUGAUGACUGUGAUCAGGACAACUUCCAGAUGCCUGUUGUGCGUCUUGCUGCCACAGGUAUGGACUCCUAUCCUGCAAGUGAUGAAGACACUGAGGAUGAGCUUGAGAGUGCCAGACAGACAAGCAGUUCCACUAGAAUGAAGCUACUACCAAGCAUCUCCAGGCAGUUGGUUGGGGAAAGCACUCAUCCCAGUUUUAGGCCAGGUUUAGAAGGGGGAAGUUCGGAUGAUGAGUCGUCAAGCGGCCCUGGCGGUCCAUCGGUGUCUGGGAUUGAACACAGACGAUCUGCAGAGGGACAAGUUAUUAACCCUCCUGUCACAGGGGAUGGAGGCGGUGGGGAUGGGAGCAGUGGGAGUGAAGAGAGUGGCGAUGAUGGGGGAGUUUCAACGAUCCCUUUUCCCACCUCAACAAAUGUUCCGUCCACCUAUGAUAUGAUGCGUGGGCUGGGGAUUCUGGGUAGCAGUUCUGUUGGUGAAUAUGGAGAUGGUGCUUCUUAUAAUCCCACAGAACAUGGAAGUGUCAACUUUAACACACAUGCAGAGAUGGGUGACCGUGUGGGUCCUGUUGGAAACGGUGAAGCCUGCACCUCUAAAUCUUCAUUGGAGGGAAAUCAGGGACUCGCUCCUGUGAACUGGACCAUGGUUAUGGACAGACAGGAGGCACUGGAUGCCAUGGAAAGCACUGAGUCUACGACAACAAAUGAUCGAUCUGACUUUGCUUAUGUGAAAAAUGAAGCUGGACCUAAGAGAUUCUUGCAAGCAAAAUCCUCUUUGUCCCAACUUCAAGUUGCCCAGGACAACUUCCAUGGCUCAAAGGUGCUGCCUCCAGUGAAUUUAAGAGGAGGACCAUGUAGUAACACUUCUGCCUUUGAGGCCUCGGAUGCUACCAGCGAGGAAGAGAAUGAUGAUCUUUCUACCUCCCUGGAGCCAAAAUAUUUCUGUCAAAGCUUCCAGGGUGAGCGAGAUCAUGACUGGAGCAGCGUUCCAGACAGGUUGGGAUUGGAUUUUCAGCAAGGUGCCUGUGCCCCUCAUAGUGUCGUGUACAAAAAUGAAGAAGGCCAGUGGGUAACAGAUCUGGCUUAUUCCACCUCCUUUGAGAAGGAAGUUGAUGGGAAGAUAUCACAAAGCAAUGGGCAAUUUCAAACUGAGGACUUUGUUUCUGCUGGCGAAGCAUUAGACAAGAUAAUGAAAGAUCAAGUGGAAUUUGAGAAGGAGCACCAAUUUAUGCAGGAGGAGAAGAUUGUAUCAGAUAGCAAUAACAGUGCCUCUCAAAAUGACUCCUCUUGGAAAGCUGGUAGUAAUAGCUACGUCUUGAUGAGAGCCUCUCAAGUUUCCUCUGAGUUUAAUCCAGGGGACCAAAGCUACUUGCGUCUCUCAUUGGGCCAGUUUUUUGAGCAACGCUCUGAAGCUCUCGGGUGUCUCGGCAGUGGUAACAACGUGGAUGGGAUUAAACGGCCAUCUUUUGGAUACACUAUUACCUCUCCAGAGAAGAGGGAGCCAUUUGCACUAAUUCACCCCUGUGACUUCUCAAGUGAAGGGAGCUCUCCUCACAGUGACUCCAUUGAAGUCAAUGAAACGGAUAAAACACUAAAUCCUGAUGAUCUGGACAAAACAGUUGAGGUAUCUGGGGAAAGGGCAUCACCAAAAGGGAACACAGAACCUGGCACUUGUGAAGAGAAGGACCAUAAUGGCCUUGAAGCUUUGCUUGACUGCACUGAGGGGCUUGCCUCUGCACCAAAUACGCAGAGUCAGAGCAAUGCGUCACCACAAACUAACAGUAGCAAUCUUAUGUUAAGUAUCAGCACAAUUGCAUCAGCCAUUGCUGAUGCUUCCAUCAGUACUGACACGUCACAGCUGGCUGCCAUGAUUAUGGAGCUGUCCAAGAAAAGUAGAGCGAGGAAUGGGACAGAGUCCUCGAAAUCUGCGGGACCUGGUAAAUUCGUCGUGGAACCUUGUCCAGAUGAAAAUCGCAGCACUGGUGAAGAUCAGAAUGGCUUGUCGGUCACCCUGCAAAGAAGUACCUGUGUUGAAGACCAGGGUGCCUUCGACAUCGAGAAAUACUUACAGAAUAACAUGUCUGGCUGCAGUGACACAUCAGUAGCACAUAAAACCUUUGACCUCACAGGCUGGGCUGAUGGCAUCAGCCGAUAUCGAAAGAACCAGCCCGGAUAUGUUGAAGAACAAAGUUCAGCUAAACAAAUGGAUAGUAUAACAGACUCCAAAAAAGAGGCAGAAGUCACAAGAGGAGACCGACCAUUAAAGACUGGCUCUUCUACAAUAUCUGACACACAUACAUUAUCAUCUGCUGACAAGGCUGGUCUAAAAAGAAGCUCCAUCCCUCAUCUUCAUUCAUCAGUCAACACUUGGGACUCGAAGAAAUCUUCAACUCACACUGGCCUUGCAGAGAAAAAUGGCACAUGUGACAACACCGCUUGUCAAACUGCAAACACUAGUAGUUUCUCAGCAAGAACAUCAUCAGAAUCUGGAAGAUGGAACAAACACCAAUCCUAUCUUCCCUGUCAUAAAGGUUCUGUCCAGCAGGAGGAGGGUGUUAGACAGAGUAACUCUCCAGGCAAGCAAACGCCACCGGAAAACCUCAUGGCUGCUCCACUCUCUCAUUGCUCUGUGGAAAAACAGGUUGGCUUCUCCUUUCAAAAUCCUCAGUCCUCAGGCGACUGCGCAUCCGACCUGCCAACAGAUCCCUGUGUGGAGGAGAUGCAGUGUAACUUCAGGCCCUCCACUUCUCCUCUAACUCACUCCUCUCCCAGUCAGAGCUCCCCACCUGAAGCUAAUAGUACUGUGUCUCCUUCGGCAGCCAGUGGAAAACUAACAGGCAAACGUCCAGGUCAUGACCUCUCUCCUCAUUCUCCCUGCUCCAGCCCCAGUCUCAGCAGGCUCACAUACAUCUCAAUGAAUGAUGCUACUGUUGUACCGACCCCUGGAAGGCAGAAGAGUGACAGCACCAUGGCGCUCAGUACCACAAUCAUCAGAUUUAGUCCAACUCCACCUAUGGAACAAGACCCACAGUCUAAUGAGAAUAUUUGCAGCAAUUCCAAAAGCCUUGAAGGACUGCAUUCGAAAAGUCUGGAACAGCUACCAGCACAGCACAGGAAAAAUCCAGAGACCUCGUGUGGUAGCAAUAACCUGAGCUGUACCCGAAGCCAGUGUGAACGGAGCAAUGGUUGUCCUGGGGAUAAAAUUGUUGGUCUUUCAUCAAAUAGCAGGAACUGCAAGAACCUAUCUGAGUCCAAUGUAAUACUCACAAAGAUGGACUCCGGCUAUAUCAGCAAUUCACACAUUCCACAAAGUGGCACCACAGUAGCUGCUAGCUCUGUUCCAUCUUUAUUUCCUGGUGGGCUUAGUUUACCUCAGUCCUACUCAUCAGUGGGACCACACUAUGGGCCCAUGACAUUUAAGCCUGCAUAUCAUGGCUUGAUUGACUACCCCCACCAAGGAGGUAUGCAGUCCCUUGUUAACUCCAAACUAACUCAGCAGUACCCUAGACCUGAUGCUCAAUUAAAUCCUGGGGUCUAUCAUGUGGCAGCAGCAGGAGCCGGUCUCUUCAGUGUACCUUCUUCAGAUGUGGCCAAUGGUGAGCCAGCAGUACGACCAAGCCAUCCCACAGGACAACCUUUGGGGAUAGCUAGUGCUGCUGGGUCCUAUCACCUUCCUAUAUCCACUCAGAGCCUUUGUGACAGAGGCAUGCUUGGGAAACUCUACAGCCAAUAUGGUGGAGAACCAAUGACAGCAAGUUGUCUCGAUGACCUAAGAGUUCAAGUGGUGGUGCCGGAGGAGCUUCAAUUUCCUCAUGCCUGUUGUGUCGGAAUUGCUUCACAAACCUCCCUAAGCAUUUUCAACCCCUCUGAACAAUGGCAACAUGUGUCGAUAACAGUUACCAGUCUGGCCAUUGAUGGAGAAAAGGUGGAUAGUUUGCCUUACCAAUGGCUGAUCGUUAAGAACAAGACAAUCAUUGGCCCCAAAAGUACAGAAGAGCAAAAAGUGUUGUUCAUCCCUCCAAAGGCUGGUGUCUACCAGUGUGUCCUCAGUGUUUGCUCUUGGCCUACGUCUGUCAACACAGAACUGGCUGAGAAGGCCAGCAUUUUUGCCAGAAGGGUCAUGCUGGUUGCCAUUGCAGAACGUCCUUCGGUAGAGGUUGAAGUAGGUAAAUCUGGAUGUUUGGAUUUUGGAGAUUUGCCAGAAGGCAGCUCGAAAUCCCUUCUUCUGAAACUUUUCAAUAUGACCCGAGCCACAGUGCCCAUCCGACUUGUCAUCAGUGCUAAGGCGACAGCAUGGCGUUGCUUCGCAAUGUCCAAACAGCAUAUUUCCUUAACAUCAGAGGCAACACAACCAGCAGGUCACAUGACCCCACUAUCGUCUCCUUUUGUGGUGAAUCACGUGUUGCAUGCCAACUAUGGAGAGAAUCCAGAGUGUUUUAUGGUUUGGGUUCACUUCAAGGCUCUCCAAAAGUAUACACCGUCAACAGGGGACUUGGGUCCGGCUGAAGAGUACAGUGCUCGUUUGGAUGUAGAAGUGGACUCCCCAAGUGCGAGUCAUGUGAUCAAAAGUGUUCCCAUCAGAGCUAGAUCUGGAACUGUGAGGGUACAUGCGCCAAAAGAUAUGCAGACUCUCUACCUGCGUGCUCCACUGGGUAGAUCUUGUCAAACGACACUGCCGUUAAAGAAUGCAGGAAAUAUUGAUGUGUGGAUGAAACUCAGGUGCAAUGAUGUAGAGGACUGUUUCUCAGUGACACCUGAUGAGCUGUUCCUCACAGUGGGAGAGGAGCAAGGCAUUGUGGUCUCAUUUAAAGCAUGGGGUGCCAAGAAAUACAAAGCAAGCCUUCUCACUAUCUUGGUGCUGCCAUCAGGGCCCCAGUAUGAAGUAAAAUUAAAAGGAGAGGUUGUGUCUGAAGAAUCUGGCAAACCUGAUGCCUCCGCGACUCCUGUCCUUAAUUUUUGUCUGGACAGUGAUGUUCCACCAAUUCUCUCUAACAAGCAGUUUGUGGCCUGGGGAGGUGUCACCUUGGGGCGAGCAGUUCAGCAGAAACUGGUUCUAAGAAACAAUUCGUCCAGUACCACUCAGCAGCUUCGGUUACUUAUUCGUGGUCAAGACCAGGACUGUUUUCAGCUGCAGAGUUUGUUUAGUCCAGAAGAGCGAUUGACUCGGCACGGUGAGCUGUCCAUUCGCCCACAAGAGGAUGUAACCGUCCACCUCCUCUUUGCGCCGACAAGGGUGGCCUGCAUGUUAUCCAAGUUGGUGAUAAAACAGUCUGGAUUCCGGCCAUCACAACCAGGGGUCAAAUUUACUAUUCCACUCUCAGGCUAUGGUGGCACCAGCAAUAUAAUUCUGGAAGACCAGAAGAAGGAGGCAGAUGGCUAUGUGGCCACCAUGUCAGACAUUGCUCUUAAUCACGUUAGCAAGGUGUGCCUCUGUGUCAGAAACACCGGUUCCAGAGCAGCUUUUGUUAAAGCUGUGGCCUUCUCUGAUGUAAAUCUUCGAUCAGUUAUGGACACUUUUGUCAUUCGCCUUGCCCCAUCACAGUUUGUACUUAAGGAAAGGACACAAGAGGUGAUCACAGUGCUGAUGAAGUCUACUCAAAGAGAGCAAACUCUGUGUCAGUCGGAGACGCCUCUGCUGGCUACUAUUGUUCUUUUUUGUGGAGAUGAGGUCUCGAGGCAACAGUACCGGAGGCUGCUUCAAAGCAAACCAAAUGCUGGGCAAAAAGUUCUUGCUGAAAACAGUUUGCUAAAAAACAUUGAAUUCAAUGAGAGGUUCUUGGGAGAGGAGAUCAUUACAGAGUCGUUUGACCUGCCACAGCGGCCAAAUGAGGCCUACAUCUUCUACGGACACAUAAGUAAAGUGGCAGUGUCAUUACUUGGAAGUACGUAUAGCAGGCCGUGUGAGCAGAGCAACAGCUCUGAAAUGAUGCUGACCAUGGCUAGAGAAGACUUGCGAAAUGACAGUGAUGUGGCGAAUGGUAAUGUGUCUUUGGACGUGCUGCCAGUGAAGGGUCCCCAAGGUUCGGCAAUUAGAGUGACAGGGUCCCCCAUAAAGACCACAGAGCCAUCAUCGAGAGAGUGUGAGUCAUGGACUCUCCAUCCAGAACAGCUUCUCCUCGCAGCUCCCACUAUGAAUGCUGUGGCAACCACAAAUCAGGUCCAGAUCAAGAACAAUACCUCCAGAGAGUUAAGUUUUGAUUUGUCCUGGCCUGCUCAUUACCUGACCAUUACCCCUCAGCAUGGAGUCAUCGAGCCACAGUGUCACCUGCAGAUUUUGAUCAGCCCUAACCCUUCGCUUGCAAACAAAUCUGACAUCCUCCCUUGGAACGGGAAGAUAUAUGUCCAGUGUGAUGGGCAACAAAAGCUGAUUAAGGUCCAGAUCCGUCGAGAUUUGGCACUGGAUGUUUCCGCUGCCCUAGCUGAUGCAACUCUGUCAGCCCUAUCCCCUCAGGCUGCCACCCCUGUGUUGCCUCCGGUCAGAAUCACCUCAAAGUCCGUGCUACCCGUGACACCACUGCAGUUACCUCACGCUCUAGUUGAGAUCAACAACAAAAACAUCAUCUUUCCCAACACACCUUCAGGAGAAACAUCAGAGGCCAUGUUGGAGGUGGAGAAUGGAGAAAUGGAAGUGAGGUGGUACAUAUCAUCGUUUGCCCCUCCUUACGUGAAGGGGGUUGAUAACAGUUGCGAUGUAUAUCGGGCCACCUACACAGCUUUCAGGUGUUCAAGAAUCUCAGGCACUUUGGGAGCCCAUGAGAAGAUGCAGGUGCCUAUUGCAUUUUUGCCAAGGGACAGAGGCGACUAUGCUCAGUUUUGGGAUUUGGAGUGCCAUCCCUUGUCUGAGCCCUUGCAGAAAUCUAGAAUCCGCUUUCAACUAUGUGGCACGGGGAUCAACUCUGGACCAAUAGAAGGACAUCAGGAAGGAGAUCGCUCCUUGGUAAAAACAGAGGCCACAGUUAAGACAAGGAAGAAAACUGAAAUGGCCAAGGCUAAAGCCAGCCAGGAUGAAGCAGUAUGGAGGGGUGUUUAUACACCUCAGGAUUGUUACGCUUUCCCUGAUACGCAUAUCGGCGAGUUCAGCACUCUGAAGGUCAACAUUCGCAACAACUCAUCCAACACACAUGAGCUGAGGUUUGUAAACCCUAGGGAGCCCUUCCACAUCAAGCAUUCCAAAUAUUCCCUGAGAUCCCAGCACUAUCUGAAACUGCCUGUCCAGUUCAAGCCGAGCACUGCAGGCAGACACGCAGGCGUGCUGCUCAUCCAUUCAGAAACAAGUGGAAGUCUGGAUGUGCAGCUGACUGGUGAAGCACUGCCUUGAAUUUACCAGCUACCCCCCUCCUUCGCCACAUCUUUAGAAGGGACUGUUUGGCUUUUCUUAGGUCGGUCCUGUCUAUCAGCACCCUCCUGAAAGCAAAGGUGAAGACUGCCUUGGGCCAUUUAUGGUGCGCAGCCUGGUAGUUAAGGCUCACUCAUGGUCAUAUUCACACAAACUAUGCCAAGAUUUGAGGCAAAGAGAAGCUGAGAAUUAACUCUGACCUCUAUUUCGCUCCAUCCGCCCUGGCUGUCCAGCUGAGAAAACCUGUCUCUAAAACUGUGCCUUAUGUGCCAGGGGCUUUUUUGUUGUUAGAGUACAUUUGUUUCAGCCUAUUGAUUUUUCUCAGUCGGGACAAAUGAAGUGUUAUUUAACUUUCAUCUGAUAUGCCAGAAAUGUCAUGUCACGAGGUGCAUUUUUGUUGCCACAGAGGCAGCACUAGUUGAAAUACAUUGAGGAUAUGUCUCACAUGGGGAUGGUCUCACAGGACUGCCUUUGUUCCCAGUAUGGCAUCAUGCCUGCAGGGAUGUUCAUUUUUGGAGAAGCCACACGUGUUGUAACCCCGCAGACAUUAAUCAGUGUAAACCAGUCAACUCAUAAGGAAACAGCACGUUCAGGAUAUUUUUUUCCCCUCAUUCCUGCAGCCACAUUUCAACAGUAGGUCUGUAACCGUUUGGAGUUUUCUGCUUCUUUACUUUCUAUGCAAAUUGACUGGAAGGGUUCACAUGAUGCCAAACAUCCAAAACCCCCUGUGCAUGUGGCCUUUGAUACUGAAUGUUGUUUACAAAGAAAUAUUUACGAGAUAUUCCAAAAGGUCCGCAUAUAUUUAAUUCAUCCAUAAUGGUGGUUCAAGGUCAGCUCACUGUGACAUUAGUUUGAGUAAUGAUUACCGGUAAGUACUAAAAGGUUUCCUCUAUUGGGGUUUGACUCAGCAGCUCUUUUCGCCUGCUUAGUAUGGUUACCAUGGCAAAGUGGUGUUCAUUACUGUUCCACUCACAAACAAGCAGCACUCCACUCUUUGGAGUAACUAGACACAGUUUCAUUGGGCUUUGUAGGUUGAAACGAUAGGUGCUUUUUGUCAACAUGAGAAUGUUCUGGUAAACAUUUUAGAUGCCUCACACCUUUUGACUGUAGGGCGUAGUUGACUUUCCAGUAUGAUGGAUUUUAAUUAGAAGUUUGUGCUGUUACCAACAUUUUCUGGUAAUGAUUAUCUGUUGAUUCAGUUUGCACAAUCUUUAAAUGCAAUGUGUAACAUAGUGUCUUGACAUAUUUAAAUAAAAUUUUGUUUUUUUUAA